UGCUGAAUUCAUAUUAUCUUCAUUCCACAUUGCAAUAGUUUCAGUAUCAAUGUUUCAAUCAAGUUCAUUCAUUUUUGUUCUCUUUUUUAUUCAAUUUUUCGUUGGAUAUGUUGAUCCAAAUAAAAUAAUCUGCCCUCCAGGAAAAACUCAAUUUCCAAACCCGUACGAUCACCAUUCGUUUUAUAAAUGUGAUGCUGGAGGAAAUCCUAUAUUGUUCCCAUGUCCAGCUAAAACAUGGUUUAACCCAUGCUUAGAAGUGUGUGAUUGGGAUACUGGGAACUAUAAUUGUCAAAAAAGUGGUGGAACUGGCUACCCCUCAAAUCCAGGUAGCAAUGGAAGUGGAAACUCUGGUGAUAAAUAUCCUUCUGGGCCAAUAAACAAUGGCAGUGGGAACAGCAACAAUGUUAUCAAUAUUAAUAUAAACAUCAAUGGUGGUCAAACUGGAGAUAAUGCAGGGAAACCUAAUGCUCCAUCAGCUGAUGGAAACAGACCUCAAGACCAACCAAUUCCACCAUCUCACGGUGGGUACAGACCACUACCCAAUUCAGGAGGAAUGACCCAACCUAAUUCCCCAAGCAACCCUACACAAUUAGUUCCAAAUCAAAGCUGCUCUGUCUAUGGGCUCUUAUAUCAAAACCCUAACGAUUGUUCUACUUACUUCAUGUGUAACCAAAGGAGAUUGGUUCUCGUUCACUGUAUACGAGGUUAUUUCUACAUACCAGAAAGAAAAAGAUGUGAAACGACUUAUCCCACUGGCUGCAAAUUUGUUGACCAUAAUGUAGGUGAUUCUAAACCAAUAUAUGAAACAGAAAAUGAUGUUUGGCAGUAUCAAAGAAGACUUAAAGGAUAAUACAAGUAGAGUUGAUUAUGUGUUCUGCGAAUUAAUAUAUUGAAAAUAAUUAAUAAAAUUUCCAUACCAUGAGUUGUUUUUUUGUCCAGUAUAACGAUAUAUAGAUGCUUUUAUUUUUCAAUAUCUUUUAAUGUUUUUUAAUAAUGAAUCUAAGCCUUGAGAAUAAUUUGUGCUGUAUUUUCAGGGGAGUAUUUAUACAAAAAAAAAAAAAAAAGAAUCUGUACCACUACAAGGGACUUGGGUUCAGUACUAUUUAGGGAAAGCACUGUUUCUUGGUCUCGGUUGUGCAAGGAGGUGAU